ACCACGGCGAUGGAUCUUUCCCACCCCCACCGCAUCCUCCUUGUCAUCGAUCUCCAUCCACUCCUCUCUCAAAACCCUAACCCUAAUCCAUACAUCACAUCCAUCAUCGCCGCCAUACGAGUCUUCCUAUCCUCCCUCCCUCCAUCUACCCUCACCGCCUUCAAAGCCGUUUUCUCCUCUCUCUCCCCCAUCCUCUCCACCUCCCUCUCCCACCGCCUCUUUGGCAAGGCCCCAUUCUCCCUCUCCUUUGAUCUCCCUUCCAGAACCCUUGCUUCCCUUUGCGAAAGUCUCGGCUCCCUCCCCACCUUCUCCCAUCCAAAUGCGAAGCCACGCGCUUCAGUUCUCGUUCAAUCGCUCCUCCAGAUCGACCACGACUAUGCUUGGGAGUCCGGCAUCUCAGAUUGUGAAGGUAUGCGACAAUCUCUAACUUUCCCUUCCAAUUUGGUUGUGUUCUUCUCGCCAUUUCCAAGAAAUCUGCGUUCUCUGUUUGAAAUCUUUGAUUUGGAGGUUGGGGACAAUGAAAAGCUAUUGAAUCGGGAUGUUUUCUCCAAGAAAUUCGCCCAGGCUUUUGUCCCCGUGAAUGAGCGAUUUAUGAUCAAGGGUAUUCAUUUGUGUUGGAUUGAUGUUAAUUUUGAUAAGCUCAGUGAAAAAGAAGAGAAUUUAGGGUUAGUCUUCCUUAAGAAAGGGAUUAGAGAGAUUGGUUGGGGGUGCUACUCCACUGAUGCGAUAGUGCUGGGUUCUUCUCUGCUUCCUUUUGGCUUGAUUUUUCCAGAAAUUGCUUGCAAAACGGGGUGGUUCCCAGCAAGUGGUAAUAGCAAGAAGGGCAAAUUGGAAUUGAUUCUUGAGGUUACGGAUGUGAGUGGUAAUCCUUUGAAGUGCAAAAUUUGCGAUCUUGAGGUGCUUGAUGUAAUGCCUCUUAGAGAUAGAUCAGAUUGGAAUAAUGAUAUCUUUAGAAAUAAGGAUAAUGGUACCAAGACAAUUCAUAUUAGGAAGGUAUUUAGAGAUAUUCAAGUUAGUAAGAUGAUGAAUAGUCCGUGCAGUUUAUUUUUGCUUCACGGGGUUUCUAGGAAACCAAGGAAAGAUGGAGAAGUGCAUUCAAUGAAUGAAUUCUUUGCUGACAAGGUUCUUGAAUUGCUAUGUGCUGAACAUGGUGGGUUUGCAGCGGGAAAGCCUGCUUGGCAAAUACUUAUUGCUUUUCUUUAUAAGAGAAGCUUUGCGGCUUUGGUGUCCAUUGUUGAUGAUGAAGGGAGUUCUAUAGAGGGCUUGUUGAUGCCUUUAACUGUAAAUUAUUCUGUGCUUUGUAUUGCUAAGAACGGUCCAAUGAACCUGAACCAGCUACUUAUGAUAGCAAGGAAUUGCUCUAGUGAGAGUCUUACCAGUGGUAUUGGUUUUGACUAUGGGGUUAAGAAUGAUAGAAGGAAAAGGAAGAGGGUGAACAGUACUCUGCCCAGCGAUAUCUCCUGGGGUUCAUUUCGUGAACUGGUGUUUGGUCAGGUGGAUGGCUGUGCUUUAGGAUUCGAGUUGGAAGAAGUUUACUUUGCCAAGGAAUUGAACAAAGCAAAAAAGUUGCAAUUCUUGAAAUGCUGGAUGAGGCAGAUUAAGGAGUCAAGUGAAGUUCACCAAUUAGAGUCGAAUGAGGUUAUGGCAGUUCCAAAAGCCAGAGAAAGAAAUGAGGCAGAGUCUGGUUCUCCAAUAAAGCCUGAACAGCAGCUUGUUUCUCCAAGUUCUGCUGGUCAGGCUUGUCCAAGCAGAUCAGUGACGGAAGAUGCUUCAGCAUUUUCAAGUAUGGGAGAUGUAGAAGCUUUUUUCAUAAGUAUCCCCCAGAAGAUUGAGCAUGGCCUGCAUUCAGAACAAUCAGAUUUGGGUUUAUUAGCUGAACGUCUAAUUUGUUUGUGUAUCCAAGCAGUGUCUAAAAAAUUUGCAAUUAACAUAGAGGGAGAAUCUGUUCCUGUACAGCCUGAGAAUGCUUGUUAUGUGAAGAUUGCUGCGGAGGUGUCUUGUCUUCUUUUGCAGAAACCAAAGGAAUUAUUGUUGAAAUACAAGGGCUGCAAACCAGCAACUACUGCUUCUGAUCCAAAAUCUGCUCCAAGCAGCACCGAGGAAAAAAUUCGAGAGCAUGAAUUGCAAAUCUUGCUAAGAAUGGAGAUUCUCCGGUCUAAAGUUGGAGAAGGCAUUGAGGAUAACUUGAAGCAGAAGAUGGUUAAGGACAUAUGUUCCUUGUUGCAGAAUGUUGAAUUUGACCUUGAAAAGGACUUGUUUCAUGGUGAAAGUCUCGUUCACUUUGCUGGGAGAACAAUAAAAUCUAGGUAUGCUCAUUCUUUGGGAGAUAUCACUAACAAAAUAUAUAACCAGAUGGAGUUCUUCUCGUUCUGUGAUGACACUGAGGCAUCUGAAUCCUUACCCAGUAGCAACAAUGAUGAAUCACAAAAACUUCAAGACAAUAUUGAACUGGCACUCAGAACUUCAAACACCCAAAAUACUUAUGAAGUCACAAAUCCACUGAAGACUGCUGAUACAAAUAACCAGCAAGAAGAAACAUCAAGUAGUAAGGCUCACGAGGAAAGAUUGAUGAGAGCUCGAGAGAGUAGAGACAGGCACAGGAGGUUCACUUCAUUCACAAGUUGGAUGCCAGAUUUGAGAAAGGUGUGGUCUCUGAAGCAAACAAGACAUGAGAGUCAAAUGCAUGUUAAACAGAGGAGAAAAAAAAGGAUGAAGAUCAAUGAUGUGGUAUGUGAGACACCAAUGAGUAAGAAUAAGCAACAGUACUCAGAGAUCAGGAAUGCUGAGAAUGCUGCUGCAUCCUCUGGGACUAACUCAUCUAAUAGAUCACUAUGUAUAGCUUUGUUUCAAAAGGAUGAAGAUCAUUGACAUCAAUCCAUCUUGUGGUUCUUUGUGGAAAUGGUUAAAAAUAACUGAAAAAGGUUGUGUGCUUUGUUCUUGCAGACUUGCAGUGCAUUGUGAAGUAUAUUUGAUAUCAAAGUCUCUAAUCUAUGAAAACUGUAUUUUC